GUGUUUCUGUGUCGCUGUUGGUGUAUGGGGAGAGCAUGGCCAAGGAGAAAGAGGAUGUUGAGGAUGUGAAACUGCAGGGCAGUGACAAUACAUUAUUCAGUCUCUCAUUUCCCUUCUUUUUAGAAUAUGCAGCAAUAAACUCCAUGCUGGACCAGAUCAACUCCUGCCUGGAUCACCUGGAGGAGAAGAAUGACUAUCUUCACGCUUGCUUGAAGGAACUGCUGGAGUCCAAUCGCCAGACCCGCCUGGAGUUCCAGCAGCAGAGUGAGCAGCUGAACAGAGGAGCUGAUGUGCAGGGAUCUGAGUCUUCUGCCUAG